AUGGCCCGCCGAGCGCUGGCUGCUGCCGCCGCGCCCCCAGUCAGCGCUCCAUCACUGAGCUCAUUGCGCAGGCGCUCGCGCUGCGGCCACCUGGGAAAUGUAGUUCCGUGCAGGGGUCGCCGAGAACCGGGACCCUCGGAGCUUGUUCUACAAGCAACCACAAGUCUGAACGUGAAUCAGAGACCCGUGUCACUAUGGGUAAAGCUGGGCAGCCAGGCCACCCUGACCUGCCAGGUGGCCCAUGUCCAGGCCUGGGAGCGACUCCGAGUCGAGUGGACCAAGGAUGGCAAAGUCUUGUGCCAGUCACAAGUCACGAAUGACAGUCUCAGUCUGGAUGUCUGCGGGCCCCGGGGACAGCUCUUCUGGUGGGUGGUGUCUGGAGAGCUCACCCUGAGACUUGCCCAGGUGAGCAUCAACGACAGCGGGAACUACGUGUGCUGUGCAACUGUGGAGAUCCCGGAGCUAUUGGAGGACAAGGGCAAAGGCACUGAACUGCUGGUGGUUGAAGAUGGCCCUCCAGAGACCCCUGAUUCCGGCUUCUCAGGGUUCUUAAUGCUGUUGGUGGUGGGGGUCCUGGCGGUGGUUCUUAGCGCGCUGGGGGCUGGAUACUGGCGCUGCCGUCGCAACCGGUACAGGGAGUCAGGAAAUCCUCUCUACAGUAACGUCCUAUUAUAUCAGCACCGAGGGACCCCAAAGAAGACUGAGAACAGUCCUGGGGAAAGGAAUGUGCUGAACCCACCCAAGUUGGGUCAGAAAGAGGAGAGCUUCUAUUCAGCCUCUUUACCCCAGCUGCAUGGGUCCCCCAAAGCUUGCAAAAUCCCAAGACCCAGCCACCCCAUCUCUAAGAUGAAGGCUUCUCCCAGCCAAGAUGCCUUUGAGCAGUCAUUGACCCCUAGAUUGAGAGAAGAGGUCUUAGUCCCCGAGAACCAGGACCUAGCCUCCACAUCUGUCCCUGGAGACUCAAGAGUUGCUGUGAUCCUGAGCAAGUCUCAGGAGAGCGUCCAGACUCCAAGAGACUAG